AUGGGGAACGUGCUUUCACCUGCUUCUGAUGGGAGCCAAGACCUGAGACAUGCUGGCAAGGACCUAGUGGGUGGACAGGCCACAACAGUGCGUGAGGCUCAGUCACACCAGUCUUCUUCACUUACCUGCAGGGACUCUGGGGACUCCCAUCAUCUGACCCUGUUCCUCCAGGUGCAGAUGGACACUGAUGUGAAGACCCCUGUGCAGGAGGAAGUGAGGUGUCAGGGCAUCUGGGCCUGGUGUGGGCUAGGACUCAGCGCUACUGAGUUGCAGGAGAAACAGGACCCAGGGACAGUUCCAGCAAGCCCCCCAGUAUCUGGUGAAGGAAGGUUUGGAGCAGAUUUGGGCCAAAUAAGUGAAAAUCACCAUGGACCUCCUAAGACUGAGCUGUUCUCAGACAUCCUGCUAAGGACGUCAGAUGAAUCAUUGGAUAUGCGAGUCUGGAACUCUCAGGAGAAAUCGGGACUGGAGACAGGAAUUGGGGUCCAUGGCAAAUAUCUGGAAUCCCCCUUGGCUCUCCCUGGCUCCCCCUGGAGCCGCCUCUGCUGCCCUGGGAUGGCCUGUUUGCACAGGAUCCUGGACAGAGAAAGGGACUCACAGGGAGCCGCCUCCGCUGCUCUGGGAUGGCCUGUGUGCACAGGGUCCUGGACAGAGAACGUGAGCCCAUCCCUGGACCCUGACACUGCAAGCCCCAAGCUCGCUCUCUCUGAGGACAGGAAGACUGUGAGGCGGCUGUUCUUUGAACAAGAGCUGCCCAACGCCCCCAGCAGAUUCGACCGGGACCCCUGUGUGCUGGGCCUGGAGCAGUUCUCAGCUGGGAGGUAUUACUGGGAGGUCCAGGUGGGGCACAGGAAGGCCUGGAACCUGGGCGUGUGCCUGGAGAGCUUGGAUCGGAAGGGAAGGAUCCCCAAGUCCCCUCAGCACGGACUCUGGGCCCUGGAGCUGUACAAGAAGGGGUUCUGGGCACUUGCCUUCCCAAGAGUUCGCCUGCACCCUUCGGAGCCCCUGCAUCGUGUGGGCGUUUUCCUGGACUGUGAUGCAGGCAGAAUCUCCUUCUACAGCGUGAGCAAUGGAUCCCUCAUCUACGCGUUCUCUGGACUGUCCUUCUCGGCACCCCUGAGGCCAUUCUUCUGCCUCUGGACACAUGACCCCAGCCCCCUGACCAUCUGCUCAGAACGGCAGCCCCCAGAGGCCUUGGGGCCUCCUCAGGGUGAAGGACAGGACAGGUGGGAACCCUCCUCCAGCAAGACCCAUGAUCUCUCUGCUCCAGCCUGUCACCAAUUUGGGGGAGAUGUAUCCAUUCUAAGUCCCAGCUAGAUCACAUACAAGGGUGCACCUUUCUGGAUGAUCCUGUGUUAUCUCCACUUUCCUUCCCUGUAAAAUACUGACAAAAUAUUAUGGGCUGAAUCAUGUCCCCUCCAGUUCACAUGUUGAAGCUCCAACCCCCAGGGCCUCAGAAUGGGGCUAUAUUUGGAGAUGGGGUCUUUACAGAGGUGGUUCAGGUAAAAGGAAGUCACUAGCGUAGGCCCUGAUCCCAUCUGAUCCCAUGUGACUGGGGUCCUUAAUAGAAGAGGGGAUCAGGGCAUAGACACACAUAGGGGACAACUGUGUAAGGACACGGGGAAGAGA